UUGGUGACCUCUAUUCUCAAACUCAAGGCUGAACAAAUAUAAGGAUUUAAAAAGGACGACCAGAGGGCAUCGAUAACUAACCAACUACGGAGGAACUAGUUAGUCUACCAGCCGCCAUCUCCUCUCACGUCAUCGCCGAACCGCCGUGUCUAAAAUAGUUCCCCACGUCACUCCAACGAAACGGUCGAUAACCCGAACACACAGUGAUUACUAGCAGAAAUGCGAAUUUCCGUCUCCGUCGUGGCCUCCAAUGUGGUCGUUGACAACGAUCUGAUAUCCCUCGAUGUCGGCGGGGAGAUGACCCUCGCCGACCUCAAGGCUGUAAUUCAAAGCGACAUCAACAUUGCGCCGGCCGCCCAGAGCCUCUUCCAUAAUAACCAACUCCUGACAGAUGAUUCGAAAACCUUGUCGCAGAUUGGGGUUGUGCCGGGCGAUAUGCUCGGGAUGCACAUUCGGGUACCAGGACGAGAGCUCGCUGGGUCUCAGGGAUCGGCGAACCCUUCCGCACGCACGACGCAAGAAUCAUUAGCCCGAAGACAACAGGCGCUACCAGACCCCGAGACACUACGGCUGCACAUGUUGGGUGACCCGAGAGUGUAUGAGACUGUCCGGAUGCAAAAUCCACAGCUCGCAGCUGCGGCUCGGGACUCUCGUCUAUUCAGAGAGGUUCUUUCCGCCCAGCAGCGUGCUGAAGCGGAUGCAGAAGCUGCCAAAGAGGCAAAGAUAGCCAUGUUGAAUGCCGAUCCGUUCAACCUUGAUGCACAACGGGAGAUCGAGGACAUUAUCCGCCAGAAUGCUGUCUCAGAGAACCUACACAACGCAAUGGAAUUCAGUCCUGAAGUAUUCGGUCGUGUCACCAUGCUCUACAUUCCGGCAGAAGUAAACAGUCACAAGGUCAAAGCGUUCGUGGACUCCGGCGCCCAAGUCACGAUUAUGUCUCCCGAGUGUGCGGCGGCGUGCAACAUCAUGCACCUAGUCGACCGAAGAUACAGUGGAGUCGCCAAAGGAGUUGGCACAGCUAGUAUCCUCGGGCGUGUGCAUCUCGCACAUAUUAAAAUAGACGACCUCUUCCUCCCAUGCUCCUUCACAGUCAUGGAGGGAAAGCACAUCGAUCUUCUCCUCGGCCUGGAUAUGUUGAAGCGGUAUCAAGCAUGUAUUGAUCUGAAAGACAACGUCCUCAGAAUCCGUGACCGAAACGUGCCUUUCCUCCACGAAGCAGACCUACCCAAACACCAAGACGAAUUCGCGAACGAACCUCUUAUCCACGGAAGAGGGGGUGCACUGAUUGGCGGACGAACAGGUGCUGUGACACAUCCGGCAGGAAAUCCCGGUUCUUUGGCGCAGAAUGCGCAGACCUUACCGGCGCGAGCGAACCUAGCUGCCCCGGUAGGGACCCCCUCGUCUUCGACAGCACCAGGUCGGAAUCCCCAUUCACCCUCUCGCUGGCCGGCAGAAUCGAUUUCCAAAAUCACUGAUAUCGGAUUCACGCGAGAACAAGCGAUUCAAGCUCUUGAUGCUGCCAACGGUGACUUGGAAGGCGCUAUCGGAUAUCUCAUCUAAAGCAACUAGAAUAUCCUUCUUUUCUGCAUUCUGAUAGCCUUUUUACGCACGAAAAUCAAACAUGUGCGUCAGGGCAGUCGUUAAUUUCGGAUAUCGUAUCUUGUCUAAUUGGUUUGUUGUGGCAUAUCAGGACCACUCGGGGCCGCUUUCAUUUCUUCGCCCUCGUCUGAAAAUCUGCUUCUCGGCCGUCAGAAAGCAUAAGCAUACCACGAGGUCCCGAAAGAGGCCAGCAUGACGCGUACAUGCAUACCGAGCAACGACAGGAUGAGGACCUUUUUUAUUCUUUUCCGCGCCGGGAGGAUGGAGAUAUACUAUAUCGAAAUGAGCGUCAUACUGGUUAAUUUGUUAUAAAAGGAAUUCGGGCUAAGACUUAGUUCAUAGGGAUGGAAUUUUUUUUCUUUUUCCUUACUCUUUUUCUUUAAUGUACCUUGGGAUCAUUCAUGCUGAACUUUUCUGUAUUCUCACAAUACUAAGCUUAGGAAGAAUAUCAACCCUGUCUUGCGGCUGA